UGCACACGCCUCCUUCCUUCCUUAUCAGUGGCCUUUAUCCAUCUUAGUUUCCUCCAGUGAAGGACGCAUAUGGUUGUUUUUUCCUCUUUCUCACAUUUCCAUUCACAUUCUGCACUUUUUAUUGCCAUUUAUUUUCCCAACUCCGACUCUCUUUUCGGCCAAGUGUCCUCGCCGCUCCCUUCCUCCCUUCUAUACGUCCUUUCUCCACGCUCCCUCGCGGCCUUUUCCCGCCGCCUGCGUAUUAUAAGGUCGCUUAAAACCCCGGAAUGUUUUCGUCAGCCACUUGAACCUCCUCGCGUGGAUUUUCCACGCACUUGGUCCGCGCCGAGUGCUCCAGGGAACAGUAAUGGACCGCGGCCGCACCCCCAGAUGUGGUCCUGGGCGUUGAUGCGGUGAUGGACCGCAGUGAAAUUUAUGGCUCAAGAUGUCUGGGGAUUGUAAUCGCUCCUGUGUGCUGGUGUCGCCACGAGACUCCAGGAUUUCCUGUGUCUUCCAAACAGCAGACGAGAAGGAUGACGUGCCGGCGGUGGGAGAGGAGAGCGUCUUGGAGAUGCUGAGCUGCUCCAAGUUCUCCGACCUGGAGACAUGGCUGUGCAUGCCGUCCUCCAUGCUGCUUCCCAGACUCCUGGACUCCACCCGCACCUCCUCGUCCUCCUCGUCCAACUGCCGCCAGUCCACAUGCAGCGACGCAGACACGCCGGACAGGUCCCCAGAGAGGGAGGCGGCCUUCCUCACCCCCGCCCUGGGCAAGGAGACGCCCUUCCUGGCCACGCCCCUCCUGCCCAUACUCUCCUCCACUCCCGUGGCGCUCAUGUCGCCGGGAGACUCCGCCUCCCGAGGCGGGGUCAGCAUCAGGAAGCGGCGGCGCCUCGCUGCCAGUCCCGGAGGACUUCACUGGAAGUCUGCAGUUUCAGUGCAGAGGGACUUGUGGUCAGCCGACCCCAGCGCAGGCGUGGAAGAAGGGGGCGCAGGUGAGCCGGCCAAGAGCCGCCUCCUGGCUCGGGGAGGCGGGGCUUCGCAGGCCUGGGUCGGCCACCGGGCGGCGGUGAGGAAAACGGUUUCGGUGGACGAUCAGCUGCUGCAGCCGGCGGGCAGAGAGCAGCGCCACCUGAAGCUGCUGAGCAGACUGGAGAGAGGAAGGAAGAAGCUGCGUAACGUCCAUAGUCUGGGAACUCCCAGCAGAUACGACUCCAGGAAGAAGACCGAGGGUAAGAUCUCACGCUUGGCUCAGAGGUGGAACCGGCGCGCGGCAGGAGAUGCUCUGAUCCAAGAACUCCAGCCCUGGUUUUACACGGGACUCCCCGGCUCCUCGGUCAGCCUGGACAGACACCUCCCGGCUGUGAUGACCCAGCAGAUGCAGAACCUGCAGCUGUCCCAAGCCAAGAAGUGCCCGGGUGGGCCAGCCUCCCCCAAUGCUGCCAAGCGCCUCUACCGGAACUUGUCGGAGAAGCUGCGAGGAAGCACGUCGUCCUUCGAGGACACCUACUUCUUUGGGAAGAACGAUCGCCUUCGCAAGGCCUCGACCAUGCAGGGCAGCGACUGCCUCUUUGAGGCCGUGGAGCAGCAGGACCUGGACACGGUGCAGAUCCUGCUCACCCAGUUCUCGGCCGAAGAGCUGGACCUCAACACCCCCAACAGCCAGGGCCUGACGCCGCUCGACAUCGCCGUCAUGACCGACAACACGCCCAUCGCCAAAAUGCUGCUGAAAGCCGGCGGCAAAGAGGGCCCGCAUUUCGCCAGCGGCGAGAGUCGGGAGGCCCACCUGAGCGCCCUGGUGGCGGAAGCGGAGCAGCGGGCGUCGGACCUGGCGGCGCGGGCGCAGCGGGACGGCCUCUCGCUGGAGGCGUGUCACAAGGACAAGCAGCUGCGGGCGUGGGAGUGGAGGUGCAAGCUGUACAAGCGCAUGGAGACCGGCUUCCAGAACGCACGUGCUCCCGAGGCUCCCACCAUGGUGCGUCUGAGUGCCGGCAGCAGCUCCUCACUGACCGUCACCUUCCAGGAACCGCAGGGUCUCACCUCCUCCGUGGUGACCAAGUACAGAGUGGAGUGGAGCUGCCUGAAGGACUUCUCGCUGCUGGCAGGAGAGAUGCUGCUGGACAACCUGCCAACGCUCAGGUGUAACAUCAGCGGCCUCACCACGGGCCGUCUCUACUUCGUGCGAGUGUGCGCCUGCAACAUGAAGGGCUGGGGGCCGCCCGCCUCCUCCUCGCCGCCGUCUGCGGCGCCUUCCAACUGGCGAGAGAGCGAGGGGCGGGAGCCCAGGAGGCGGAGUCACAUCGAAGCCAUGGAGCGUCUGCUGCAGCAGGUCCGAGCGACACACUCGCACUACUGCUGCGGAGACGCCUCCAAGCUGCAGAACCCCAGCAGGAAGCAGUCGGUCUCCAGAAGCCUGAAACAUCUUUUCAACUCCUCCAACAAGUUUGUGAAGACGCUGAAGAGGGGGAUCUACUUGGCGGCGGUCUUCUACCACAAGGACAGUCUGCUGGUCACGGCCGAGGACCAGAUCCCCAUCGUGGAGGUGGACGACUCCUACAGCAGCUCCCUCACGCAAGACUUCCUGUGGUUCACCAAGCUGUCCUGCAUGUGGGAGGACGUGCGCUGGCUGAGGCAGAGCACCUCGGUGUCCAUGUCCUCGUCCUCCACCCUGCAGGCCCGCCACAAGAUGCUCAGCGCCGCCGGGCAGCUGCAGAACCUCCUGGGCACGCACAACCUGGGCCGGGUGCACUACGAGCCCAUCAAGGAUCGCCACGGCAACGUGCUGCUGGUGACCAUCCGCGACACCGAGAGCCAGCACUCGCUCUUCAGCGGCAAGUGGAUGCAGGUGACCAAGCUGCAGAGUCAGAGGAAGUCCCUGUCCACGCCCGAGGAGCCCUACGCCCUGGACAUCCUCAUCAUCACCUUGCAGGACAUUUUAGCAUACCAGCGCCGCAGCACCCACCGCCUGGCACCAGGUCUCUAUCUGGGCUACCUGAAGCUGAGCAGCUCUGUGGACCAGAUCAGGGUCUUGGUCUCCCAGAGGACACCCAACAUGCUGUGUCACAUCCGCGUGCGAGAAAACUCCAAUGUGUCCAGGGAGGAGUGGGACUGGAUGCGCAAGCUGUCCGCGGCCGGCGAGAAAGAUCCAAACGGCGAGGAGAGCGAAGAGACGCGACCCAGGCCUGAAAGCCACACCCCUUUACUGUUCUACGAGCUGCAGACGGCCAUCAAGUCUCUGCUGAAGCACAUCAACCUCCAUCUGCACCAGGCCCGUCACUUCCGCCUCUACAGCCAGGAAGUGGUGGAGUUAGGUCAUGGUGUCUCCUUCCUGCUGCUGCUGCCGGCUGCUGACCAUGUUUGCUCCGCCCCCGGUCAGUCCAACCCCUACACGCCGCUGGCGGGCUUCCUCCACCUGCCGCUGCAGAUGUUUGAGCUGGUGCACUUCUGCAGCUACAAGGAGAAGUUCAUCAGCCUGUACUGCCGCCUGUCCUCCGUGCUGGACCUGGACGCCCUCAUUACCCAGCAGGCAGUGCGGGAGGCCAUCACGGAUGGCGAGGUGACGACGGCCAGGCAGAGACAUCAACUCAUCCUGGACUUCAUCCAUCAGCUGGACGAGACGCGCCGAGACCUCCGCUGGCUGACGGACGCGCUGCAGUACGCUCGCUACAAGCACCCUCGCGGCGGCGUUCCCGUCACCUGCUUGGUGGACGCCAGCGCGGCGGAAAGCGACUCCGGCCAGCAAAAGGAUGACUCCACCUCCUCCAACAUGGACUCCCCGCCCACGCCGUCCCCCUCGCCGGAGCUGUGCCGCAAGACAGCCAUCAGCGACUCGCUGCUGUGCUCGGACGAGGACGGCUUCUCGGAGGUGUUCCUGCCCACGGACAGCGACUACGACUCCAGCGACGCCCUGAGCCCCCGCGAGCUGGACCUGCUGUACUCGCCCCCCCAGGACCUGUCCCAGCAGGCCUUGCACUCUCUGGGAGGAAGUGCCCCCGACGUGCUGCAGAUCCACGAGCUCAGGUACAGCACCCCCCCGCCGAAGGACCUCCCCCUUACCCCGGCAAUGAAGGAGGCCCCGCUCCUGGCCCACUCCCCAUCUCAGACCAAAGACUCUCCUUUUGCUUUCGGUCUGCCUCGCUCCCCCUCCCUGCCCAGAGCGCUGCUCACCUCACCCUCCACCCCACUGUCCCCCAGGUUCCCCGGUGACCUCCCACUGUCCCCGGCCUUAUGCGACACCGCCCGGACCCUGCAGGGCCUCUCUCUCUCUAAGGACCACCAUGAGAGCGCCCCGCCCCCGAGGGCCCUCUCCAACCCUCCGUCCAAGCGCAAACUGCUCUCCAGGAGCCACCGGGGCCAGUAUUUCAGCGGGCCGCAGCGCUGGCUCAGGGGCCAGAGCGCCGAGUGUCACACGGGGUCCUUGUCCGAGGGCGUCUACACCAAGCAGCGGGACCCCGACCUGCCCCCGCCCGAGGACCCGCCCCCCACGCAGGGAGUAAACUAUGUGAGCCGCACCACCUGCGUGCUGGAGAGCCGUAAGGCCCGCCUCCGUGACCAGAGGCCCCACGUCCGCAGGAUCUUUGUGGAGCCCUGCGAGGAUGCGCAGGUAGUGGGGGCGGCGCCUGGAGGGGAGGAGCCAGUAGGAGCGGCCGGUCAGGACGUAGACUCGGACGACCAAACCAACGCCCAAGUGUCAGAGAUACUCAGCAGCACAUUAUAGGCUCCGCCCCUUUGAAGAUUUGACAUUGCACUCGGCGGGACUUCCUUUUUAGGCCCCGCCCCCAGCCGCACCAUGUGACUUUGUGCCGCCGCUCACCGAGGUAAACAUUUUCCAGUUUCUCUUCUUUUGGGAAGCACAGCCAAAAGCUGCUGAACAAUCACAAGUUUCAUCGUUAUGAGAAGGUCACUUUGGCCCCGACUGAGUGGCCCUUAGUGUGGCCCAGAGUGAGCCAUCUGGGCCCUUAUUAUGCCAUUGUGGCUCCAAGCGAGCCAUUGAGGCCCCGGGUGAGCCAUGGUGGCCCAAAGUAAGCCCUGCUGGCCCAGAGUGAGCCGUGGUGGCCCUUAGUAUGCCAUUGUGGCUCCAAGCAAGCCAUUGAGGCCCUGAGUGAGCCAUGGUGGUCCAAAGUGGGCCAUGGUGGUCCAAAGUGGGCCAUGGUGGUCCAAAGUGGGCCAUGGUGGUCCAAAGUGGGCCAUGGUGGUCCAAAGUGGGCCAUGGCGGCUGUCAGGACUUUGUAGAUUGCAGAAUAAAGUUGCUGGUUCAACUUUGCCAAGCCUCAGACUUCCUGGCGUGGACUGUUACACAUAAUGUUACACAUGAUGUUACA